AUGACCUUGCUUGAAGUUUUAAGCCGUCUCCUGGCUGUUCUGACUGCCACGGCGACGACGUCGGCACAGUCAACAUCCACGACAUCUUCGGUGAUCGCUGUAACAACUACUCCAGCUGCUUUGACAACGUCUUUCAUCAGCACCUCUAGCUUCAUUACAAGUACAAGUUCGACUUCAUUGACUCCCAGUACUACAACCACCACCAGCUCUUCCACUGCUUCGGCUGUCCCUUCCCUUAUCAACUCUACGGUUCAAGGAAAAAUCUUGGUCAUUGCACGGGAUGCCGCAUCUGCGUCUUCUGCAUCCUCUGGGUUCAACGGGUAUGGUAUUCCUUUUGAUGCACUGCUUGUUCCUCAAUCUGGAACAUCUCUCCCACAGUUGACCGACACUACGGGAGGUCUGUACGGAGGAAUAGUCGUUGUUUCUCAAGUCUCGUAUGACUAUGGCACUGCUGGAUUCCAAAGUGCUCUGACCUCUGAGCAGUGGACCCAGCUUUACAACUAUCAAAUCACCUAUGGGGUUCGCAUGGUUCAACUCGAUGUGUAUCCCGGACCUGCCUUCGGUGCUACUGCCUUAGGAGGAUGCUGCAAUGCGGGAGUGGAACAGUUGAUCUCAUUUUCCAAUACUUCAGCAUUUUCUCAGGCUGGUCUCAAGAUGGGCGCAGGAGUCUCGACGCUUGGUCUUUAUCACUAUCCCGCACAGAUCAGCAACGCCUCGACAACUUUUGAGGUCGCCCAAUUCGCUGCAGCUGCUGGUUUUCAAAAGAGUACGGCAGCCGUCAUUAACAACUUCUCCGGGAGACAGCAAAUGGUGUUCUUCAUCUCGUUUGCCACCGAUUGGUCGCCGACAUCAAACUUUCUCCAACAUGCGUACAUUACUUGGAUUACCAGAGGCCUGUAUGCGGGUUACCGCCGCGUUAACUUGAAUACUCAGAUUGAUGACAUGUUUCUGUCUACAGGUAUAUAUUCUCCAUCUGGUACUGAAUAUCGUGUCACCACUAGUGAUGUGAAAUCGAUUGCGGAUUGGGUCCCGAAGAUUCAGGCCAAGAUGAACCAAGGCAGCAGUUACUUACCAGAAAUUGGCCAUAAUGGCAAUGGCAAUAUCGAGUACGCGGGCCAGGUCUCCACAGCAUCAGCAACUCGAUGUGCACCUGGAGCGAUUGACACUGAAGAGCGCAAUGAUACAGCACUUGAAUUUCAGAAGCCUCUCGGGACCGGAACAGACGCGUGGCCCCUCACACCCACCAAAUAUGGAUAUUCCGUGCUGUGUGACAACUAUGAUCCUCUCAAGGUAUGGUUCUCAACAAAUUCGAAUCGUGACAAGUUCACGCACAUCAGCCAUACCUUCACACACUACGAACUCAACAAUGCAACCUAUGCUGACGCUCUGAAAGAAAUUCAAUUCAACCAAGCUUGGAUGGAUCAGAUCGGGCUCAAUAAAGGGAAGUUUUCUUCAGAUGGUCUGAUUCCGCCCGCAAUAACGGGUCUUCAUAACGGAGAUGUCUUGCGUGCAUGGAAGGACGCUGGUCUAACCCAUUGUGUCGGAGAUAAUACCCGAGUUCCACUGCGAAAUCCCAAAAACACCAUGUAUGGGCUUACCACCGAUGUUGCUUCGAAUGGUUAUGCUGGUUUUCUCGUUAUCCCUCGCUGGGCUACACGAAUUUACUACAACUGCGAUACUCCUGCCUGCACGACACAAGAGUGGAUCGACACUUCCGCUGGAGCAGGGACGUUUGCAGAUCUUCUCGCAGUUGAAAAGUCAGAUACGAUGCGCCAUCUCUUCGGCCUCUACCGUGAGGGCUACAUGUUUCAUCAAGCAAAUCUGCGAACAACCGGUGUUGCCGCCAUUGUCAUCAAUGGAGUGUCGGCAAAUAUAUCAAUUUUCCAGGCUUGGGUUGAAACAGUGGUACAAGAGUUCGCACGACUUGUGAAUUGGCCAAUGAUCAGCUUGAAGCAAAGUGAUCUUGCCACUGCUUUCAAAGCACGUGAAGCAAGAGAUAAGUGUGGAUAUGGCAUCUCUUGGGCAGUCAACAAUGGUAAAAUUACCCAGGUUACAGUCAAGGCCAGUGGAAACAGUUGUGCUUCUCAAAUCCCUCUUACUGUCCCAGCCAGCGUCUCAAACGUUCAGAGCUCAACGCAGGAAAAGAUUGGAAAUGAUCCUCUUACUCUUUGGGUCACUCUCGCUGGCGCAGCCAAGACAUUUACUUUAAGCACUGCUUUGGCAGUGUAG